GAAUUGUUUGCGAGUUAUCAGGCAUUGGAUAUUUUAAAAAUGUAUUUUGACAAUAGCUAUAAGGAAGUUUAAAAAAAGAUUGACUAAUGAUAGAGCAUGGAGUUUAAACAAUAGAUUUAUUGGCUAUAAACUUUCACUGUUAAAUAUUACAAGAUCCUGUAACAUCAUGCUUCUACCAACCAAGAUGUACUCAGCAAUCCUGACAAGCCUCCAUGUUACCCUGAUCAAAAACAAUGGGCGAACCUUACCAAGAACAUUUAACUGCUUUCCCAUAAUAAUUUCCUUCCCACCCGAAAUAAUUUUACCCACAAUACCAGUGAAAGAGCAAUUAUUCACCAAUUUACCCGCAUACCAAAGAUAGAACAGUAUUUAAUAUCAUGGAUGAAAACAAGAAUUAUUCUGCUGUUGGCAGGCCAGUGCAGUUAUAUACAAGUCUAUCAUUUUUGUUAACAUUUUGAUUUUGAGAGUUCAGGAAAAUGUAAUUUCAUUUAUAGAUCAGAGUCAACAUUUUUAUAAGGACUUUUGUUUUAAAUUAUUCAAAAUGAUAGGUUACUAUCCAAAUUCUAUGUCUGAAACGUUGUUUCGUCCUCAGGAUCGUAUUGGUCUGCUUAAGGCAAGAAAGAAAACGAAAAAAGCGUCGGAAUCCUCUGGUCAUGCUGAUGAAGAGCAAAAAUUCAUAAAUCAGGAAGAAGAAUUUUCUCGUUCGGUCGAUGUGUCAGCACAACGUAAUAGAUCGGUAUCUGCUGAUUCUGACACUAGUUCUUUCGUUCAGUCGGUUAUUGUUGUGCCGUCUUCCAGCUCUGAUGGGAAAUACACAGUAUACACGGGUGUUCAUGAUAAUAUACCUGCAUCUAGAUUGGCUGUAGAAUCUGAAUCGAAGCGCGCAUCAUUUUUAUCGUCAUUACAAUAUGGUCAUAAUAUAAGUAACCCAGAAUUACGACAGCAUAGAUUUGAAAAUGACAAUUCAGACUGGGCAAUGAGAAAACUAAGUUUAACAAGUAGACUCAAACGGAAUAGUUCUAGUGCAGGGAGCAGGCUCUCCUCAUCGGAUAAUCUCUCAGGAAAUUUUCGUAAUGAUAAAUGUCAGUGUGGCCAGUAUCAUUCACAUGUGUUCAAAUCGCAACGAAACAGACUGUCAAAAAUUACAGUGCCAAAACUAGAAGAACAUUUACCAGGUAAGAAGACUGCAGACAUGUCACAAGGCAAUGAAAAUCAGGAAGUCAUUUCAGACAUAUUUUGGAAAGCAUCGCUUAGUUUCACUGAAUAUAAGCAUGGGUGCAACUUGGUGGAGUUUAAGAGCUUAUGGCCACCAACAUCUACCAUCAGAAGUUUACUUCAAGAAGGAAUAGAGGAUAUAGGUUUGAGAGGUGCAUUAUGGGAACUGUGUCUGCUUGUAAUGGUUGAUGGUCCAGUUUCUGUGCUUCAGGCGCUCUUGGAAAUGAAAUAUAUUAGGCAGGAGUAUCAGUAUGAAAAUGAUCCAGGAUUGCUUCACGUAGCAUGUGUUCUACAAAACUUGGAAGCUGUACAACUUCUUACUCAGUUUGGAGUAUCCUCGAAAGUCAAAGAUAAAUCAGGUAAAACAGCUGAAGAAGUUUGUUUAUGCCCAAAGAUAAGGAAGCAGUUAAAUACAAAACUCCAGGCAUCAUUCCGUGCCGACAGAAAUAAGGUUCAAACUGCACUGAAACCCGGGCUUCAAGAUAAAGAUGUUAUUUUUAGAUUAGCCUCCAACCCAAAAUGCCUGUAUGAGCUGCAGAAGAAAUUACAGACAUUUGAUUUUCAUGUAAAUGGUGAGACAAAGGGUGGAGAUUAUCUUGUGCAUGUGAUUGCCAAAUCAGGGAUAUGUCAGCUGCCACUGUUGAUGUCAUUGGUACGUCUGCAGCAAGCAGACGUCAAUCUGUGUAAUGCAGAUGGAAUGACUCCACUGAUGAUUGUUGCACUGGAUGGAGACAGCAACUUUUGUGAUACCCUGAUGUGCUUGAUGGGAGCAGACCCGAAUAAACAGAAUGAGAAGAAUGGUAGAACAGCAAUACAUUAUGCUGUCAUGAAUAACCAUGUUAAUGUUGUCAAUUGUCUUGUGAAACGUGGAGCAGACGUCAAUUUAGAGGACAAAGACAGGUGUCGUCCAGAUGAUGCUGUGUUGCCAGGCAACGAGGCCGGAGACUGUCGACAAAUCAUACAGUUACACAGAGUGCAAAGAUGUCAGCAACUCAGUGAGAUGGUCAGAGAUGCAUAUAAGCUUGAAGUAGAUACUUGUGCAUGGUAUAUGGCUGUUGAAAAUAAGGAUGCUGUUUAUCCGAUAGAUUUGCGUUUGACAGACCUGUCUGUGGUAGACUCGGAUUACAACACCCUUAUCAUGGUAGCUGCAGUAAAUGCGAAGGUUCACAACUUGGAGACAUUACUUGGUGUAUGUACAGAUACAAUCAAUGCCCAGCAUUCACAGACUGGUUUAACUGCACUGUCUAUGGCUGCGAAGGCAGGACAUGAUGCAUGCUGUAAUAUUCUACUGAGUCAUGGGGCUUGUGCUAGCAUACAGGAUAUGCAGGGAUAUCUGGCUAUACAUCAUGCAGUCCUUCAGAACCAUGAGAAUGUUGUUGAUGUGUUCAGAGAACAUACUCCUUCAGCUUCUGUGGGACUAUAUAAAAGUUUGAGGUUGUGUAGAAAAUCCUCCAUCCAUGAAAAAUUAACAGAAAUGUUUGAAAAGAGACAAGAUCAGAUUAUAAUCCCUCAGCUAAGAUUGUCUGCAAUGGAUGGAAAUGCUGAAAAACUCUUCUGUAUACUAGAGGAGGGUGACAACGUCAAUUCUAAGAGUGACCUCAGCAGUCAGCCAGUAUUAUUUGUUGCCGUAGAGAACAGUCAUGUUGAGGUUGUCAAGCUUCUUGUUGAGAAAGGUGCAGACUUGAAGAAGAGGGAUGCCAGGACUGGUAAUACAGUAUUACAUGUUUCAUCUCAGACUGGGCACUUAGAAACUGCAAACUAUUUACUGCCAUUCUGUAAAAAGUCACAGAACCAGUCAAGUUCUAAAAAUAGACUGGACAUCAAUGCAGUAAACAAUGAUAAGAGAACAGCAUUGCAAAUAGCAGCAGAAAAAGGUUAUAUAAAAUUGACCAGUCUGCUGAUUGAGUGUGGGGCCACAACAGCUAUAUUGGACCCAAAGGGCACACUGUUUACCUCACCUGAGUUUGAAGGGGCCAGGGUUCUCAUAGAGGGCCACAGGAAUGAGCAUACACAGGCUGUGAUGAAAUUAGUAGCUGACAAGUCAAAGAAAGCUCCUUUCUUCCUUUCAAAGAUCUGGGUGUCUCGAUUUGAUCACAAUCUCAGGGACAAGAAUGGUGACACUCCACUGAUGGUAGCAUGCCGGUUUGGGCGACUAGAGACGGUCAAGUUUCUGUUACAAUCAGCAGUUUAUGCAAACCAGAUCUCAGAUGAUGAUUCGGAUCACUCUGACACAGACUCGGGUGUACCGGACCUCCCACCAUGGAAGUCACAUGUGGAAUCAGUGAAUCAUGAGGAGUUAAUGAAGACAUUGGAGAAGUCAGGGGACCAUGAUAAUCUUCCAUUAGGGGCAACUUGUGACUUGGCGAGGCCUCUGAGUCUGAACCCCAGUGAUAUGGUAAAUACAUUACCUGGACCAGUGGUUACAGAGAGAGGACAAAACAAAGUGACCUCCUACCUCACUGACGUGGAGAGACCCAAGGGACUUUAUAUAUAUCAUGAUGGAAUAGUGAGCCACAUUUGUGCAGUGAAUCUGUUUGACGGGAACACUCCACUACAUCGUACUAUAGAAGGUGGGGACUACAGUGUCAUAGCAACCAAUCUGGUUGAAGCAGACGGAGCUGUAAUAAACAUGCAAAAUGAUGCGGGUCUUACACCAGUCCAUCUUGCUUGUAAACUUGGCAGGAAAAAAAUCCUUGAAAAAUUACUGACUGUAAAUGGUAUAGAUCUAAAUCUGCUUACGCUGAACGGCCAUCUACCUGAAGAAAUAACGAAUAAUAAAACCCUCAUUAAAAUGGUGCAGAAGGCACGGAAAGGACAGCCUGUCAGACAGCGCCAGGUCCCUGUGGAAGGACAAGCUGGGAGUGUCAGGACACUGACGGAGUCCUUACCAUCAGUCAAAAGUUUUGGGGGCGGAUCCACAAUAAACUUUGAUAAAAUCAAUGAUAUAUAUCAUUCAUUGAGACAACCUCCAAGGGCAGGAGAAUAUAUAGCAUAAUAUUUCUUGAUUGUGAUCAAUGACUGAGUAAUUACAGCAGGUCUUAUGUGAUCCAAGCAGAGAUCUCUUUCUGCUUUUACAUUCUUUAGCAGAAUAAAUUAUCUUUUUUCUCCCACAAAUUGUGCAGUCCAACAGAAAAUAAUUUUCAUAAUUUAAUGGUGCUAAUCCUCAGUGUAUUCAUCAAAAAGGGGGUAUGUUUCCCACCUACCUCUUCAAAAAUGAAAAUUAUUAGAGGUUUAGAUAGCUGUGUCCAACAUGAAAUAAGACUGAAAUAAAAUAAUGUGUGUAACCAAAACAAAUGUUAGUCAUUCUAAUGCAUGGAUUUGUUGCAAAAUCCAUUGUACAAACAUCAAUGUAGGUAAUUAAUGUAUUCUUGUGAUCAUUUUAAGGAAAAUGUUUGAUACUUUAAUGAUAUGGCUGUGAUGGCCUUCCAUAUAUGUAAGGUACUCCUAUUAUAAAUAACUAAUAAGGCAAUCUAAAAUUACCUGGAAAUGAUUCUUCAGAUCUGUCCGAGAACUAUGGAAAGGAAAGUCUGCCAUAAUUGCUUGAUGCAUGGAGCUAAGAACAGGACUCCAGGGAAUAAUUAAACGGCAAACAUUUGUGAUUAUCAUUUUCAUUGUACAAUUGUUGAAUGCUUUCACACAUGAAAUCUGUUUUACAUGCAAAAGGACCAAGAUUUCAGUGUUUUCCAGUGGUGUGUAAAAUCGGCAGUCUUUACUUUUUUUUCAUUAUACAUCACUUAUUCAGUGUACAUUUGUAUACGUAAUAAAUGUGUGAAAUACUGUAUGCUUCUGUUCUACCAAGGAUUGAUGCCAAGCUUCAGAAGUAUUGCAACAUCUCUGCAACAGAACUUGUGCAUAGUUAAAUUUUGUUCAGAUGUCAGUAUGUGCAAUAUUUAAUCUGUGAUGGCAUUGUUUUUUUUUUAAUGGUGAAGAAAUCUGUAGAAUGCAAGUCGAGUUUAAUACAUAUCAUUACGUAGAAUAUUUUACUCAGAUGAUUCUUUUGUACAGUAUUUUCUUAUAAUCGAAAGUUUCAUAAUGUAAAAUGUUAUUUCAGCGCAUGAAGUGAUUGGUACAUUUAUACAUGGGUUUUUCUUGAUUAUUUCCCUGGGGGAACCUCACCGAUUCCAAAAAUCUUCUUUGAGAAGUAGUUUGUUUGCAGUACAGGAGUUUCAGGAGUGCCAAGGAGACGAGACAAAUUGUUAUUGCAGAUAAAGUUGUGAAAAUGGGCACUUGAUCUAUGUACAAAAAAUAAAAUGCUAUAAAAAAAAAGUCAGUAAAUACCUUACCAUAUUGAAAGAGGACUGCUUGAUAACCUAAUUUUCACUUACUCAUUGCCAAAGAAAAAAAUGGCUGCCAUUUCGAUUAUGGUAGAUUUUGAAAGGUUCAUAACUUUUUCAUCUUUAAUACUAUUUUGACACUGAAAAUAAUUUACAAAGACCUGAUGGAUAGAAUGAACAUAAAAGCAUCGUUACCUUUCCCUUUAAUAAGGUUAUUUCAUGAAUGAACAACAGAAGGUCGGGAAUUCCAAUCUAUUGACAUUUUUAGGUAUUUACACAGCUAUUUUUACUAACUUGCACACAUUCCAGGGAAAAAAACUGUAGUUGAGAGACAGUUCAUUUGUGGUUCCACUGUAUACUUUUGUUACAUAUGCAUCCCGAUUUCUCACUCUUUUUACAGGAAUAUUUCUGUGUUUGUAUUAGGAAGACAUUUGUCAAAAAUAAUCAGGGACUGUUUGUUUUACAGAUGUAUAUAUCGGUUUAGGGAGCAUGUUCAAUUUAAUAUUUUUUGAUUUGAUUUUAUGUAAGAUUGCAUUAUGCCACUAAGUUUUAUAUUGUUUGUGCAAUAUUGAUGUUAAAAUGAUACCAAACACUAAUUAACAUUAAUUAAAGAUUUUGAUAUAGUAAGUUUAUUUAUAUAUAAUUAUGAUAUAACUUAAGAAUGUUUUAAUAUUAUUUGACAUUGCAGUAGAAACUACAAACAGCCCGCCCGCUUAGCUCAAUAGUAAGUGUGCAGAUCUACGGAUCGCAGUCUCGAGUUCGAUCCUCGGGCGAGGCGUAUGUUCUCUUUUCUGUAUGUUCUCACAAUUUGAUAACAGACAUUGUGUCUAAAAUCAUUCGUCCUUUACCUCUGAUUUAUGUGGGAAAAUUGGCAGUUACUUUCAAAGAACAGGUUUGUACUGGUACAGAUUCCAGGAACACUAGUUAGAUUAACUGCCAGCCGUUGCAUAACUGAGAUACUGUUGAAAAAUGGUGAUAAACACAAAAGAAACUAGAGAUGCUUUUGAGAAAAAAGCACAUGUCUCCCACAACUGCCCAAUAAAAAAAGACUAGUUUCUCUGGAUGGUCUAGACGAAUGGAUCUAAUCAGUAAUUCAAGGGCCAUAAUUCAAAAGUGCCUAAGCGGAUUUGGCUAGUUAUCGAACUUAGCCGAGAUCUUAUGGUCAAACACAUUUUGUUCAAGUUUGGUGAAGAUCCGAUGAGAAAUGUUCGACUUGAGUGCAGACAAGCUUUGUGACAGUGCUGCCCAAUGAAAAAUGACUAGUUUCUCUGGAUGAAUGCAUCCAAUCAGUAAUUCAAGGGCCAUAAUUCAAAACUGCCUAAGCGGAUUUGGCUAGUUAUCGAACUUGGCCGAGGUCUUAUGGCCAAACACAUUUUGUUAAAGUUUGGUGAAGAUCCAAUGAGAAAUGUUCGACUUGAGUGCAGACAAGCUUUGUGACAGACAGACACACACACACACAGACAGACAGACUGGAGUAAAUCAGUAUGUCUCUCACACCACUGUGUGGUGGGAGACAUAACUAUAAAACAAUUUUUAGGGUUUUUUUUAACUUUCUUUGGUUGAAGCUUUAUAGCUCACCAGAGCACGAAGUGCUCAAGGUGAGCUUUAUUGAUCGCCCUGUGUCCAUCAUCAACAGUUUGACUGUUAACACUCUAGAGGUCACAAUUUUGGCCCAAUCUUAAUGAAACUUGGUCAGAAUGUUACCCUCAAUAAAAUCUUGGACGAGUUCGAUAUUGGUCAUCUGGGGAUUAAAAUCUAGGUCACCAGGUCAAAUAAAAGAAAAGCUUGUUAACACUAGAGGCCACAUUUUUGACCCUAUCUUUGUGAAACUUGGGUCAGAAUGUUUACCUUGAUGACCUCUAGGCCAGGUUCAAAAACUAGGUCACUCGGUCAGAUCAAAGGAAAAGCUUGUUAACACUCUAGAGGCCAUAUUUAUGACCCAAUCUUCAUGAAACUUAGUCAGAAUGUUUAUCUUGAUGAUUCCGAGACCAAGUUUGAAUCUGGGUCAUGUUGGGUCGAAAACCAGGUCACUAGGCCAGAUCAAAGGAAAAUCUUGUUGACACUCCGAGACCACAUUUUAAGUUUGAAACUCAUGAGAACUAGUCAGAAUGUUUGCCUUGAUGACCUCUAGGUCAAGUUCGAAUCUGGGUCAUGUGGGGUAAAAAACUAGGUCACCCAUUCAAAUUAAAGGAAAAGCUUUUUAACACUCUAGAGGCCACAUUUAUGACCCUAUCUUCAUGAAACUUGGUCAGAAUGUUUAUCUUGAUGACCUUUAGGCCAAGUUUGAAUCUGGGUCAUGUGGGAUACAAAACUAGGUCACCUGGUCAAAUCAAAGGAAAAGCUUGUUAACACUCUGUGGGCCACAUUUUUGAUUCAAUCUUCAUAAAACUUGGUCAGAAUGUUUGGUAUCAUGAAGUCUUAAGUAUGAUUUCGACUCUGGGUCAUGUAGGGUCAAAAACUAGGUAAAAUCAAAGGAUAAGUUUGUUUAUACUCUAGAGGCAAUUUUUUUUCUCCAAUCUUCAUGAAACUUUGUCAGAAUGUUUGUUUUUAUGAAAUCAUGGACGAGUUUUAAUCUGGAUCAUGUGGGGUCAAAAAAUAGGUCACUAGGUCAAAUGAAAGGAAAUGCUUGUUUACACUCAGGCCACAUAUUUUGGUCCAAUCUUAAUGAAAAUUGGUCAGAAUGUUUGUCUCCAUGAAAUUUCGGACAGGUUAAAAAUUAGCUCCUGUUGGGUAAAAAUCUAGGUUACUAGGCUAAAUCGAAGAAAAAAACAGUAGAGGCCACAUUUUUGCUCCAGUCUUCAUGAAACUUGGUCAGAAUGUUUAUCUCCUUGAAAACUCAGACAAAUUUGAAACUUGUCACGGGGUUUCAAAAGCUGGGUCACUAGGUCAAAAAUGUAUGUUAUGUUUUGUAACUCUGGUGAGCUACCUAGGGCCAUCAUGGCACUCUUGUUUAUCCCCCCGCCAAAGGCGAAGGGGAUAUUAGAAAUGCUCUCCGUCCGUCCGUCCGUGCGUCCGCAACGAUCUUUGUCCGGAGCAUAACUCCAAAAGUACUGGAGGGAUUUUCUUCAAACUUCAUACACUGAUAGAACACAUUGGGAGGAAGUGCAGUGUGCAAGAACAAUAACUCUACCUUGCCUAUUUUUUGAGUUAUUCCCCUUUAUCAUAUUUUCUUCAAAAAAUUUGUCCGGAGCCUAACUCCAAAAGUACUAGAUGGAUUUUCUUCAAACUUCAUACACUGAUAGAACACAUUAGGAGGAAGUGCAGUGUGCAAGAACAAUAACUCUACCUUGCCUACUUUUUGAGUUAUUCCCCUUUAUCAUAUUUUCUUUAAAAAAAUUGUCCGCAGCAUAUCUUUUUCAUGCAUGGAGGGAUUUUGAUAUAUCUUGCCACAAAUGUUCACCACCACGAGGUGGAGUGUCAUGCGCAAGAACCAGGUCCCUAGUUCUAAGGUCAAGGUCACACUUAGAGGUCAAAGGAUACAAGAAUGAAAACCUUGUCCGGAGCACUUCUUCUUCAUGCAUAGAGGGAUUUUGAUAUAACUUGGCACAAAUGUUCACCACCACAAGACAGAGUGUCCUGCGCAAGAUCCAGGUCCCUAGGUCUAAGGUCAAGGUCACACUUAGAGGCCAAAGGUCAGAUUCAAGAAUGACUUUGUCUGAAGCAUUUCUUCUUCAUGCAUGGAGGGAUUUUGAUGUAACUUGGCACAAUUAUACACCAUCAUGAGAUGAAGUGUCAUGCGCAGUUCCCUUCUUUAGAAUUACUUCCCUUUGUUGUUACUUUAAAUAGCUUUUAUUGUAACUUUUUCAUUACUAUGGUAGAGAAAAAUCGAGACCACUUUUCAGUAGUACAACAUGCAUGCUACAUCCAAUUUUGAGGUGUAUUUUGACCAAUCUCUACCUAGUAACGAUUUUUGUGUGGACUUACAAUUUUUUUUUUUUUUUUUUUUUUUUUUUUUUUAAAGAUUAACUUCCAUUAGUUGUUACUAUAAAUAACUUAUGUUGUAACAUUUUUAUAAUUGACCACAAGGAAAAAACAAGACCACUUUUCUGUGGUACAACCUGGAUGUUACUUUCCAAUUUUAGGUGUAUAUUAAGACAUCUCUACCUGGUAAUGAGUUUUUUUGUGGACUUAGAAAAACAAAAGACUUACAAUCAUUACUAAACAACCACAAAAUUAAAAUUCCAUUUGCAAAUACAGCUGCUAGUGUAAAGAAAUUUGCUGUGUCGGGCAUAUAUUGUGACAUUCUGGCACUCUUGUUCCCCGUUAGCUUUCCAUUCCUUCUUUUUACAGUAGCCAUAUAGAAAAACAUCAUACAGCUAUACUGUUCAUGAAAAUUAAUAAAAUUUAGCAGUAAACCACCUCACCACUGAAUAAUUCUUUCUUCCACAUCUUUAAAACCCCUGAUGUGGACCACAACUAAAUGGUUUUUCAAAGCUUCUCCCAAAAUGAAUACUUUCAGACACUAACUUGCCAGGAACUUUAGCCUUCAAUUAUAAUAUGCCCGGCGGGGGGAUUGGCCAUGUCUAACAUGGCUCUUGGUUUUCUUAAUUUUGGAAUCUGAGAGUCUGACUUUAUUUUCAUUUUUGUAAAAUAUUCAAGAUCUUUUAAAAUUGAGAUUGGUAAAAGAAUGAUUUUAUUAAAGCCUUUUUUGAGAAAUCAAGUUUAAAAUGAUGUAAAAGGGUUGUUUUGGGUUGAAGUAUCACCAGCGCAGUUUAUGGUGACUUUGAAGCUUUAAUGAUGGAGAAAAUUCCCAUCAUCAGUGUAAACCAGUUUGAAAUGCUGUUAGGUAUUUACAGGAAUCUCAUGAAAUUCUUCACUUCUUUUUCCACUGUUUGGUUUGCAUGUUCUGUAGAAAAAGAUAUUUAUAAGACUAUACCAUUGAAUAUAAAUACAUGUUUCUAAAGAACUCGAAGGGUGUUAGUAAGACUUUUUUAAUUGUUCUUCAUUAUCUUUUAUGAGAUUUUGCGUUUAUUGUAAAAAAAAAAAAGCCCUUUUUUAUUGUUUUUCAUUGCCUGUUUCAGCUGUUUAGGGCUAUUAUCUGAAAUUAGCAGUUUUGGCUCCAUGUUGUGCUUGAUUUACAUGAAACAUUGGGAAAAUAGUAGCCAAAAACAAACAUACAAAAGAUUUAAUAUAAUACUUAGAAAAUGCUUGAUUAAAAAGUUUUAAGUGGAACACAGAAUGAGCAUGAAGUAGGUUUACAGCUUGUAUUAUUUAUUUUGAGAAAAACAAUUUUUACGGCCCCUUCAGGCUUAGAACAUAAACUACAAAAAAAAACUCCAAAUCACACUCCCCCAAUAAACCACAGAUAAAAUUUAAACUAAACUCUAAACUACACUUUUUUUUUUUUUUUUUUUUUUUGCCCAUGUUAUGGAUUGGCGGCGAGUGUGACUUGUUUUCUUAACUUUCUAUUGUUUUUACUGUUUUUAGAAAGUAUUGUAUAUCAUCUGGAAUGAUUUUUAAUUUAUUUGUUAUAUAGGUUUAUAUUACACGUUAUUAAAUAGAACACAAACAUAUUUUGUUAAUUAUCAUUUGUUAAUGUGAAUAAAUAAAUGAAUUUAAAACUGUUGCAUAUUAAGAGAUUAAAUAAAAUAAACAAUUUA